AUCCACCGUGGAAUACCAGCUGAUCAUCGUCGCGCGGGAACGCAGACCUGUCAUCCGCAGACACGUGGAUAUAUCGACGAGAGGGAAUCAUCCUGCGAAUCCAGGCUCGCUCAAUACUCAAAAGGCGAUAGGAAGUAAAUCAUGGAUCCUGACAGUUUCAAGGAUUACGCAAAAGAUAUGGCGGAAUAUAUUACAAAUUAUUUAGAAAAUAUUAGAGACAGAAGAGUUUUGCCUACGGUAGAACCGGGAUAUAUGAAGCCUCUUUUGCCAUCCGAGGCACCGAAUACCCCUGAAGAAUGGAAAGAUAUAAUGACUGACAUCGAACGAAUAAUAAUGCCUGGUGUUACUCAUUGGCAUAGUCCAAAAUUCCAUGCGUACUUUCCGACGGCACAAUCGUAUCCAGCGAUUCUGGCCGAUAUGUUAAGUGGAGCUAUUGCUUGUAUCGGUUUCACGUGGAUCGCGAGUCCUGCUUGUACUGAACUAGAAGUAGUAAUGUUAGAUUGGUUAGGAAAAAUGUUGGAUUUGCCGAAAGAAUUUCUUGCUUGCAGCGGCGGAAGAGGUGGUGGCGUUAUUCAGGGAACUGCUAGCGAAGCUACUUUGGUAGCUUUACUGGGAGCGAAGGCCAGGAAAAUAAAGCAAGUUAAAGAGCAGCAUCCCGAUUGGACGGAAAACCAAAUCAUCAGCAAGCUAGUCGCAUACUGUUCCUGUCAAGCGCACAGUUCGGUUGAACGAGCUGGACUCCUCGGUGGAGUAAAAUUCAGACAAUUGGAAGUCGACGAGAAAUAUAAGUUGCGGGGUGACACGAUGGCCGAGGCAGUCCGAAAGGAUAAGGAGCAAGGAUUUAUACCGUUUUACGCUGUCGCUACUUUAGGCACAACCGUUAAUUGCGCCUUCGAUCGUCUCGACGAAAUGGGCAUUGUAGCGAAUCGUGAAGACAUUUGGUUGCAUGUGGAUGCUGCUUAUGCAGGAUCUUCUUUUAUUUGUCCAGAAUAUCGAUACCUUAUGAAAGGUAUCGAGCUGGCGGAAUCGUUUAACUUUAACCCUCAUAAAUGGAUGCUAGUUAAUUUUGAUUGUUCCACAAUGUGGCUCAAGGAUCCGACAUACGUCAUAAACGCCUUCAAUGUCGAUCCCUUGUACCUGAAGCACGAUAUGCAGGGUUCGGCACCUGAUUACAGGCAUUGGCAAAUUCCACUCGGCCGUAGAUUCCGAGCUCUGAAACUCUGGUUCGUUUUAAGGCUAUACGGAGUCGAAAACCUUCAGAACCACAUAAGAUCGCAUAUCGCUCAAGCGCACGAAUUUGAAGCGUUGGUGCUCUCCGAUCCUCGUUUCGAAAUUGUGGGUGAAGUUCUCAUGGGACUGGUCUGCUUUCGAUUAAAGGGUUCUAACGAACUGAAUGAAAUCCUCCUAAAGCGAAUCAAUGGCGCGGGAAAUAUCCAUCUCGUCCCGUCAAAGAUAAAAGACACGUAUUUCUUACGAUUCGCUGUCUGCUCUCGAUUCAGCGAGAGCAAGGACAUACAGUAUUCUUGGAAAGAGAUCAAACUGAGAACUAAUGAGGUUUUAGAGGAGCAAUCACUUACGAAGUGAUGGCGCGCUCAAAUUGCUCGCGGUUGUAGAUCGCUGGCUCCUGCCACCUGCAACCAAUCUUAGCUCGAGAUUUUUCCUUAUGUCCCAGCGACUUUUGAGGACCAAGUAGAGUUAAGCGAGUAACGUUAGGCGACGAAAAAUUAUCAUCUUGUGCAAUAACGUUGAAGUUCCGAAAGCGAUUCAAAAAUGAAAGUUUUCGAAAGCUUGUUAUGUUGAUAAAUAUUUUAUUUAUAGUCAUGUUUCUGUCUCUAACAUAAUAUUUUGAUAUUUUUAUUUGACAAUUAUUACUUUUUUUAAAUGGAGUAUUGCUAUAUGUGUCGAAUUAAGAAUUCAUAAAUAGGUUCUAUGAGGAAUAUUUUCCUUAAAAACUCAUCCUUCUAUCUCUAUAUUUUAUUUUGUAUAGAUAUCUCUCUGCUUUCUGUAUAUUUUAACAAUCAACAAAUAUUUUACAUCUCAUCGAUACCUAAUUAUCGAAUUAUACUCCGUUGAAGCUAUAAUCCCGUAAACGCUCAACGUAAUGUAUAAAGAUAGAAGUUGAAAAUGCGUGAUACUUGUUAUAUUGUUAUUUAUAGACAUAAUAAUUCUGUCCAAAGAUGGAAAGUUUAUGGCUUAAAAUGUUUAAAUUGAUUUUUCACAGACUCAAUUUCUUCGAAACUUGUUCCUAUCAAAAAUAAAAUCAAUCGCCAUAUGCUUCCUUUCCUUGGACAGGAUCACACGUGUUACUAUAUAUGCGAAUGUUAAUAUGUUAUAUAUUACAGUAUGUUAUUACGAGGAAGUAAUUUAUUAUGUAAAACUGGACGUAAAAUUGUUGCCAGCGUAUAAUAUAAUUUGAGAAACGCGUUGUAAUUUUGUCUAAAAUAAUGCGUGCGUACAUUGAAAUCUUUUCACCGACCAUUUGUCGAUUACGACACUCUUCCUUUUUGUUCCGUGUAAAGAGACGCAUCUUAAAACAACCGCUCUGUCAGAAAUUAGUCGUCGCAGGUCGCUGGGAUGCAUGUUAGCAGCAUAAUAAUAGAUGUAUUGCAGUAUUGUGUGUCGCCUUGUGCCACUUUCGCCUCGAGCACCGUCUCGAUGUUACUACGUGAAUUCCUUUUAGAAAAUAUCCUUGUAAGUACAUUGUGCAAUGAAAGUUGUACGUUUGGCGUUGAAAAAGUGUGCAGCGACGUUAACGCAAUUUUUUAUUUUUUGACGUUUAAUUUUGCACACACGUAAAAUAUUUCUCGAAACGCGCGGUCCUUAUUUAUUUGACAUUAAAAUUUUAUUUUUGAUUGUGAGUAUUCAAUCUUUUCCGAUUGAUAUGUCAAGAACAUAUGAUCAGUCAUGUAAUUCCAUUAUGAAUGAAAAAACUUUGUGCAUUCCUAUAUCUAUAUAGAUUUCCCACCGAAAUAAUUUACAAUCUUUCAAGCGUCCACGAAGAAUUAAUAAGUCUUUUUGAUAAACCUCUUCUUCAUUAUUAUAAUUUUCGUGCACGUUGAAAUUGUAUGUACUAGAAUAAAGUAAUUAUGUUGUAUAUAUGUUAUAAAUUUAAAUUAUAAAUAUGUUGUAAAAUCGAUGUAUGUACGUGACAUGUUGUCAUUUUUAUCACUUUGCGCAUAUCUGUGUUUUUGCUUCCUUUACUUAUUCUCUUCAAAAUUUAGUUCAUAAAUCUCCAUUUCAUUUGCAAAUAUUCUAUAGUUGUUAAAAUACGUCGUUAAAAUAGGAACAAUAAUGAAAGUGUUAAUCAUGAUAUUUUUUAAAAGAUGGAAUACCUAAUCUUGUUAGCGUAUAUAUAUAUAUGUAUACAUAUAUCUGUAUUAUGUGUGUUAAAUAUUUGCUGUAAUCGUACUGCAACAGGGACAAUAAUAGUAAUAGAAUUAAUUAAUCAAGAAGGUAUGAUAUCUUCGAAAGUUAAACAUCUGAAUUCAAAAUUUAAAAAAAAUCAUAGAUUAUUAAUCGUUAAAAUAAUUAUAACAUUAUUGUCAAACAAUUAUGCUCAGACCAAAAUAAAGACACAAAAUAAAUAGCUGGAAUGCUUAAAAAUAGGAAA